ACUUUUACUUUCCAUGCACUAUUGCUUAUUCCGAAACUGGUUUCGCAUCCAUUGCAACCAUCUUAUUUAAGAAGACUCAAAAUACGUUUUACCUGGAUGUUAUAAGGAUUGUAUUUUUAAGACUUUGAUGCAGGACUUUCUUUUGCUUUUAUCAGAGCAAAUGAUGUAUAAUUAGCGUUACACGUAGUAGUGAUAUUUAAAUUAAUAAUAAAAAAAUUGAAGCAUUUUGAUAGUAGAAAUGCUAAAAUUUCUCAUUUUAUUCUAUGACACUUAAAUAUACAAGAAAUAAUUCAUCUAUAAAUUAAAAUUUUAGUUAAUAAACAAUGGAAAAGGAUUGUUUAAUUCCUGCAGGGGAAUUUAUUGCAAUUGAGUCACUUGCCCAUGUAUCACAGAAAUUGUAAUGGAAUGGAAAUAAUGCAAAUAUAUAGCAAUACUAUAAAAGUCUCGAUUAAAGCAGCAUCCUUCAUACUUUUAUCGAAAUUAGCAAAUCGAUUACAUUUUCUCAAUAAAAAAUGUUCUAACAUCUACUAUUUCAGGCACGUAGCCAGGGGUGGGACGUAACCAUCGAGACUGAAGGCCUCUGCACUCCCUCCCCUGAAAGCUUGUGACGUCACACAGCUCGAUCUAACCGCCGAGACUCCAAACCUGUUUUCGCGCGGCGUUAACUUGCUUCAUUUGUGUUCGGGCGCCUUGGUUCGGUUGUUAUUUUGUUCCAGGACUGGUAAUUAAUUAAAAAUCGUAUAUAAGCUAAGCUUCCAAACAGUUGUGAAGAAUGCCUCAUCCUUGUUGCGUUCCCGGGUGUAAAGGAAAUUAUAAAAGUGGCCCAAAAGUUCGAGUAUUUGGAUUUCCGAAGAAUAAGCAAGAUUCAGCUAAAUGGCUACGCGCCAUACGAAGAGAUAAUUUUGUGGUUACUCCUCAUAGUAAGGUUUGUGAACUACAUUUUAAUGGCUGUGAUUUUGAAUACAACAAUAGCGCCUUCGAUCAGCGAACAGGUUGUCGAAUAACAGUUCCCUAUAAAAAUCCAAGGCUAAUAAAAGGGAGAGUGCCAUCUAAAUUUCCCAAUUUGCCAGGAUAUUUAUCAUCGAAUUCCAAGACACCAAGGGAAGGUCCAGAUGAGAGAAGGAAACGCCAUGAGGAGGAUUAUUUGAAAUUGGCUUUACAGAAGAGUGCUGCAGAACAAAAGAACUAUGACUCUAGAAGAAUGUUUUCCUCGCUGGAUGAUUUACAUGCAAAAAUAGAAUAUAUUGACACUUCAGUGUGGACUGUUUUUAGAAAAACUGACCAGAUAAUUUUUGCAAAAAUUAUAACAGAUACAGCUCCAGUGAUAGAAUGUUCACUUGUAAUAGAUGAUAAACUUUCUACAAGUGCAUACAUAUAUGAGACUCAAGUAUAUAAAUUAGGUACGUACUCUUUUCCUUUAAAUAUAAGCCACAUAGACACCCUUAACAACAUUUUUGAAGCUUUAAUUAAAAGUGUAUGUGUAAAGAAAAGCGAUGCAACAGAUAUUAUGAAAACUGUUAUCUAUUUACUAAAAAAAAUGAUGAAAUGUGAUGGUAAUGAAAUUUUAAAACUGCAACUAAAAUUUAUUGAAGAGCAAUUAUCAUUGUGUUUUUUAAAUAAGAAUGGUCUCAGGUAUUCUUCUGACCUGAUGAUAUUUUCUGCUCUCUUUUUUAACAUGGCUCCACAUGCGUAUAAUUUUGUUCGUAAUAGUAAAAAUAUUUUAUUACCACAUCCCUCUACAAUUUGUCGCAUUUGCCUGUCGUAUGAUGUGAAACCAGAUGCCGAAACAUUGAAUUCCAAUUUUUUAAUGUAUGUAAGACACAAAUUUAAUCUUUUGGAAGAUAAUGAUAAAAAAGUAAUUUUGAUGAUUGACGAGAUACAUCUAAAACAGCAUUUAGAUUAUAAGGGCGGUAACAUUUGUGGUUUGUCUUAUGACAAUAAAAAUUUGGCAAACAGUGCCCAUGUAUUUAUGAUUAGCAGUUUGCUAUCAAAAUACAAAGAUGUCAUUCAUAUAUUGCCAACCAAUAAAAUAAAUGCUGAAAUAAUACAUGAAAUUGUAAAAAAAAAUUAUUAUUGGUUUAGAAGAAAUUGGUUUUUUUGUAAUAUGUGUCGUAACAGAUAAUAAUUCUAUUAACAGAAAAUGUAUGUCAUUAUUUGUUUCACCUCUCCAAAUACGAAUCGUAUAUCCUCACCCCUGUGGCAAUUCUAGACCUCUUUUUUACUUAGUUGAUACUGUUCACUUAUUGAAAUGUGUUCGUAACAACUGGGUCAAUCAAAAAGGUGAAAAAUGUAUGUAUUUCCCAUCAUUUAAUGAUAUUAAUCAAACCUCUUUGAAAACAGCAUCAUGGAAUGCACUUAAAAAAAUGCAUAAACUUGAAUUUAACUCCUUGGUAAAAUAUGGUUUUAAUUUAUCAUAUAAAGCGUUAAAUCCCUCCAAUCUUGAGAAACAAAAUGUUAAACUUGUGUUACAAGUUUUCAGUGAUUAUGUAAAGAAUGGCCUUUUAGAAAUAGGUAAACAAAAUAAUAUUGCACAUUUCCAAGACACAUCUGAUUUUAUUAAAUAUUUGUAAUAUGGUGGAAUAUAGUUAACGUUAAAUCGCCUAACAAAGGCAUGCGUUUAAACAAUGUAUAUCAAAACCCGCUAACAAAUUCGGAAAAUGAUGAGAAAAAAAAUAUUUUUACAUUAUUUUUUAGAUUGGUUAGAGCGUUGGGAAAAAUUCAAUUGUGAUACAGGCAUCUUCAGUAAAGAAACUCAUUCUGCAUUAAAAUUAAGUACCUAGUCAUUGCUUGAAGUA